AUGCUGCCGCAGAGGGCCGUGGCCUCGCCCGAUCCCACAGCCGGCCAGGGCCUCCCCAGGGUGGGAGAGGGCGUCCGGACUGCGCUAUCCAGACUGCAGAGCGUCCAUAACCUCGGGCGGGUGGCUGUGCGGCAGGACACGUGCUCCAUUGUGGCCAUUUCACUGAACAUCACGCAGAAGGUCCACCCUGUCAUCUGGUCUCUCACCAGCCUCCCCUUCGACUGCACGCAGGCCCUCGCUGUGCCCAAGCCCAUCGGGAAAGAGCCCACGGGAGCACGGGAAAAGCUGGAGCUAGUGGCUCGCUUCUCCUUCUUCCGACGCGUCAUGUCUAUGGCCAGCGUGCAGCUGGCGGGUAUUGAGGAUGCCCUGCUCCUGAGCUUUGCGGGAUGCCAGGUGACUAUGGCCCCAGGCACCCAUGAUCUGAAGACCCUUCUACACUGCUUUGAGGAGCCUGAGCUACGGGCUGGCCCUAAACGCCUCUGCCCCCCCAGGAUGGGAUUGCAAGUGCAUGCGCCCGGCAGUGCUGAGGUGAACCCGACGGGCAGCUUCUUGGCAGCCAUGCUCAUCCUGACACCGCCUGGGUGGUCCUGCCCUUCACUUGAGGAGGAGAGCCUGGCCGAGGAGCGAGGGCUCAUGGGGGGGGGCUUCUGCCCAGCUACAUCAUCGUGUCUUGCUGACGGACAGCUUCUCAACAUCGUAGACCUGCAGUUCCUGCCGCGGCUAUUCACAAUUACCCUGCUCAUCCUGUUCGAGCCCAACCAGACCUGGCCUGGGCGGGUGGCUGUGCGGCAGGACCGUGCUCCGUGUGUGCAUUUCACUGAACAUCUGCAUGAGGUCCACCCCUGUCUCAUCUGGUCUCUCACCAGCCUCCCCUUCGACUGCACGCAGGCCCUCGCUGUGCCCAAGCCCAUCGGUGGGGUGGUGGUCUUUGCUGUCAACUCGUUGCUGUACCUGAACCAGAGCGUCCCCCCGUACGGCGUGGCUCUCAACGGCCUCACCACCGGCACCACCGCCUUUCCCCUCCGCACCCAGGAGGGCGUGCGGAUCACCCUCGACUGUGCCCAGGCAGCCUUCAUUUCCUACGACAAGAUGGUCAUCUCCCUCAAGGGUGGUGAGAUUUACGUGCUGACCCUCAUCACGGACGGCAUGCGCAGUGUCCGCGCCUUCCACUUCGACAAGGCGGCCGCCAGUGUCCUUACCACCAGCAUGGUCACCAUGGAGCCUGGGUACCUGUUCCUCGGCUCUCGCCUGGGCAACUCGCUCCUCCUCAAGUACACAGAGAAGCUACAGGAACCUCCGGCCAGCGCCGUCCGAGAGGCUGCUGACAAGGAAGAGCCUCCCUCGAAGAAGAAGCGAGUGGACUCCACGGUGGGCUGGUCAGGGGGCAAGUCGGUGCCUCAGGACGAGGUGGAUGAGAUUGAAGUAUACGGCAGCGAGGCCCAGUCGGGCACACAGCUGGCCACUUACUCUUUUGAGGUAUGUGACAGCAUCCUCAACAUCGGACCCUGUGCCAACGCUGCCAUGGGCGAGCCUGCUUUCCUCUCUGAAGAGUUCCAGAACAGUCCCGAGCCAGACUUGGAGAUCGUGGUGUGCUCCGGCUAUGGGAAGAAUGGGGCCCUGUCGGUCCUACAGAAGAGCAUCCGGCCCCAGGUGGUGACAACGUUUGAGCUUCCUGGCUGCUAUGACAUGUGGACAGUCAUCGCCCCUGUGCGCAAGGAGCAAGAGGAGACUUCUAAGGGGGAGGGCGCAGAGCAGGAGCCUAGCACUCUUGAGGCGGAAGACGAUGGACGAAGACACGGGUUCCUUAUCCUGAGCCGGGAAGACUCCACCAUGAUCCUGCAGACAGGGCAGGAGAUCAUGGAGCUGGACACUAGUGGCUUUGCUACGCAGGGCCCCACGGUCUUUGCUGGCAACAUUGGGGACAAUCGCUACAUCGUGCAGGUGUCGCCGCUCGGCAUCCGCCUGUUGGAAGGAGUGAACCAGCUGCACUUCAUCCCCGUGGACUUGGGCUCCCCCAUCGUGCAGUGUGCCGUGGCUGACCCUUACGUGGUCAUCAUGAGUGCCGAGGGCCACGUCACCAUGUUCCUGCUCAAGAGCGACUCAUAUGGGGGUCGUCACCACCGCUUGGCGCUGCACAAGCCCCCGCUGCACCAUCAGUCCAAGGUGAUCACGCUCUGCGUGUACCGUGACGUCAGCGGCAUGUUCACCACUGAGAGCCGCCUGGGCGGGGCCCGUGAUGACCUGGGGGGCCGCAGUGGCUCGGAGGCGGAGGGCCAGGGCUCCGAAACCAGCCCCACGGUGGACGACGAGGAGGAGAUGCUGUACGGGGACUCGGGCUCCCUCUUCAGCCCCAGCAAGGAGGAGGCCCGAAGGAGCAGCCAACCCCCCGCUGACCGGGACCCUACCCCAUUCCGGGCCGAGCCCACUCACUGGUGCCUACUGGUGCGGGAAAACGGAACCCUGGAGAUCUACCAGCUCCCUGACUGGCGGCUGGUGUUCCUGGUGAAGAACUUUCCCGUGGGGCAGCGGGUCCUGGUGGACAGCUCCUUUGGUCAGCCCACCACACAGGGUGAGGCCCGGAAGGAGGAGGCCACGCGCCAGGGGGAGCUGCCCCUUGUCAAGGAGGUGCUGUUGGUGGCGCUGGGGAGCCGCCAGAGCAGGCCCUACCUCCUGGGUGAGCUGAGGAUCAGUGUCCUGCCUGCCUACUUGUCAUACGACGCCCCGUGGCCUGUCAGGAAGAUUCCACUGCGCUGCACAGCCCACUAUGUGGCUUACCACGUGGAGUCCAAGGUGUACGCUGUUGCCACCAGCACCAACAUGCCGUGCACCCGCAUCCCACGCAUGACCGGCGAAGAGAAGGAGUUUGAGACCAUCGAGAGAGACGACCGGUACAUCCACCCGCAGCAGGAGGCCUUCUCCAUCCAGCUCAUCUCCCCAGUCAGCUGGGAGGCCAUCCCUAAUGCCAGGAUCGAGCUGGAGGAGUGGGAGCACGUGACCUGCAUGAAGACGGUGUCGCUGCGCAGUGAGGAGACCGUGUCCGGCCUCAAGGGCUACGUGGCUGCUGGGACCUGCCUCAUGCAGGGGGAGGAAGUCACGUGCCGAGGGCGGAUCCUGAUCAUGGAUGUGAUCGAGGUGGUGCCUGAGCCUGGCCAGCCCCUGACCAAGAACAAGUUCAAAGUCCUGUAUGAGAAGGAGCAGAAAGGGCCAGUAACUGCCCUCUGCCACUGCAACGGCCACCUAGUGUCUGCCAUCGGCCAGAAGAUCUUCCUGUGGAGCCUGCGGGCCAGCGAGCUGACCGGCAUGGCCUUCAUCGACACCCAGCUCUACAUCCACCAGAUGAUCAGCGUCAAGAACUUCAUCCUGGCCGCCGACGUCAUGAAGAGCAUUUCGCUGCUGCGCUACCAGGAGGAGAGCAAGACACUGAGCCUUGUGUCCCGGGAUGCCAAGCCCCUGGAGGUGUACAGUGUGGACUUCAUGGUGGACAACGCCCAACUGGGCUUCCUGGUGUCUGACCGUGACCGCAACCUCAUGGUGUACAUGUACCUGCCAGAAGCCAAAGAGAGCUUUGGGGGCAUGCGCCUGCUCCGCCGGGCGGACUUCCACGUGGGCGCCCACGUGAACACGUUCUGGAGGACCCCAUGCCGGGGGGCUACCGAGGGACCAAGCAAGAAGUCAGUCGUGUGGGAGAACAAGCACAUCACGUGGUUCGCCACGUUGGACGGCGGCAUCGGGCUGCUACUGCCCAUGCAGGAGAAGACCUACCGGCGGCUG